CUAGGUUUUGGGGGGUUGACCGUAAGCCCUCGUCACCAAUGGGUUCACUCCUAGGAUGUACCUCACUACCGGUCCAUAACCCCCUGCUGACGUGCAUAUAGAAGGAUUUAAAAGCAGGAGAGUUUUCCCGCAAUCAGGAGACUGCAUAUGCAGUGCUCGACAUUCUCCUGUUACAGCUGUACUUCUAAGACUUUAGCGCAAAGCAGCUGAUGCACAUACGGUGAAGUAGGCCAGGGAGAGCCGCAAAACAUGCCAGGCAUGCCGUUGGCUUGGCUAUAUGGCACUAAUCGGAAGCACUGGAAUCCCCAAACUUGGCACUACGAAUACUUUUCCAGGAAAAUGCGUAUCAGCUCUCAUCUCGUGAUAUCGCUCCACCACCCUGCAGGGCCGGGCGUGUGUGGCGUUAUUUAGGAUGUAAUUAGACGUUUUAGAUUUCCGCGUGGCUGGGGUCCGUUGGACCUGUGAUUUUGAACCUGGAAACUUGGAUCAAGUCUUAGUGAAGUCACCGUGCGCCAAACUAAACCACCGAGUCUGUU